AUGUCUUUUAAGGAGAGAGACCUGUUGUAUCGACUCAUUAUAAGUCAACUGUUUUAUGACGGCUUCCAAACUAUGGCCGUUAAUCUUGUUAAUUUGGUGAGUCCUUCAACUACAUGUGGCCCGUCAAACCGUCUGUUUCGUCUUGUAAAAAUUGGUCUUUCUGCUUCUGAAGAUGAACAAGAAAAGUCGGGUGUUCUGGAGGGCGAAAGUAUUGCUCCAGGUAUUGGCAUCGAUCUUGAAGUUGAAAGUGAAAGUUCGACAAUGGCCCCUGAAGCAGCACUUUAUGAGACCUGUUAUGUAACAGCUCACAAAGCAGCAUGUCGAGCGGCAUCCUUUAAUAAUACAGGUCAACUAGUUGCAACAGGAUCUCAUGAUUCUUCUAUCAAGAUUUUGGAUGUUGAACGAAUGCUUGCGAAAAGUGUUUCACCAAAUGAUCAUAUAGCUCAAGAGACACCUCAACAACAAAUGGAAACUCAUCCGGUUAUUCGAACUCUUUACGAUCAUACAGCUGAAGUUACUUGUGUUGAUUUUCAUCCAGAUCCAACCUUACAAAUUCUUGUUAGUGGAAGUAAAGAUUAUACAAUUAAGCUGUUUGACUUUUCUAAUCCAUCUGUAAAGAAAGCACAACGUAAUAUUCCGGAAGCCUCACCAAUUCGAACUUUACAUUUUCAUCCCUCUGGUAAUUUUUUGCUCGUCGGUACGCAGCAUAAAACACUUCGUUUAUAUGAUGUACAAACUUGUCGUUGUUAUGUAUCAGCUGUACCAGAAGAUCAACAUCUAAGUGCAGUGAACAUGGUACGAUGGUCUCCUAAUGGAACAGCAUUUGUAACUGCUGGAAUGGAUGGCAGUUUCAAGAUAUGGGAUGGAGUUUCAUGUAGAUGUGUAAAUACCUUUGAAGCUGCACAUGAUGGAGCACCUGUGUGUUCUGUAGUAUUUUCACGUAAUGGCAAGUAUAUACUCAGCUCGGGUAAAGAUAGUGCUGUUAAACUAUGGGAAUUAGCUACUGGACGAUGUCUUAUCACAUAUACAGGAGCAGGUACAGUUGGAAAUCAAUCACAUCGAUCAGUGGCUGUUUUUAAUCAUACUGAAGAUUAUGUACUCUUUCCGGAUGAAGCAACAAAAAGCUUAUGCUGUUGGGAUUCGCGUAAUGCUGACAGACAACGCUUACUAGCGCUAAAUCACAAUGGUCCAAUCAGAUGUUUUGUUCAUUCGCCAACAACAGCAGCAUUUAUGUCAUGUAGUGAUGAUAAUCGGGCAAGAUUUUGGUAUAAACGCCCUAUAUCAGAUUAA